AGAAAAUUACACAUCACCACUGGAUACCAAACAUCUGGAUAACAAAGAGCUCAGAGGAGUUUAAACAGAGGCAGCUGUGAGGGAGAGGAGCAGACGUGCUUGUCUGUUCAUCAUGAAUCCUGCUCCGCUGGUUCUGGCUGCUCUGAUGACGGUGGUGGCUGCUCAGCCUUACGACCACUACGACAUGGGCUGGGUGAACAGCUACCGCCAGGGCUUCAACUUCCAGUGUCCUCAUGGAGAGGUUCUUGUUGCCAUCAGAAGCUACUUCAGUGAGCAGGAGGGCUCAGACCGCCUGUGGUCAUUUGAGUGCCAGUCCACACCUGAAGGGUUGGGCGAGCCCAGUGACUGCUGGUGGGAUGACAUCAACCGAGCUGGCAUGGAGUGGACGUCUACCUGCACUCGAAACGGCCUGGUGGCAGGUGUUCAAAGCAAGUACUUCGAAUCGGUUCUGGACCGGGAAUGGCAGUUCUACUGCUGCUACUACAAACGCCGCUGUCCAUACUCCUGCAUGAAGACCACGGAUGUUCCUGAACACUACAGAGAAGAGGGAGAGUUAGUUGUCCCAAAUUAUGGCUACUUCAUCCGAGGAGCCCAGACCACCUUCAGUGGAGUCCUGAGGGAUCGGCAGUGGAAGUACAUCCUGUGCAGAAUGACAGACUUUGACUGUGACUUUGAGAAUUUAUAGACUUGUCAGGAAUGUUAUUGACAAGUAAACAUAAAUGUAUUAUCUCCUUUUCUGAGUCAACCCGUAGUGAUGACGUCAUAACAGAUGUUUUUUUAUGCAUUUGCCUUUAGUAAAUAAACUAACUUUAGGAAUGUGAUGUUUGCUCGUAAUCACUCGUUUUAUCAGUGCAACAGGAAGAAGGAACUUAUAGCAUGUAAUGUAAAAGUGGACACAAACACCUGGAUUCAGACUACAGGGUUGUUGUGCUCUACAUCUGUCAUUUAGUGGCUGGAACUAGAAGCUCUCUGGCUGCAUUUAAAAUGUCCGUGGCAUUGUGAAAGAUCGGACUCUGCUCCAGGGUCUGGUAGUAGAGCUGCUGCUGCUGCUGCUGGGAAGUUUUCUCUGUAGUACCAUUUGGAAGAAUAGUCAGGAGUACUGAGGGUUGUGUGCACCUACUUUCAUGUUAAUCCUUCUCUUUAUUUCUAAAACAUGUUUAGUCAAAUGUAACUGCGUGGAAAUGGAAAUAAACAUUAUUUAAUAUCAAA